CAGGCAUCUAUGGAAACAUCCUCACGGUGUGGAUGGGACCGAUCCCAGUGGUUGUGCUGAAUGGAUACGAGACAGUCUCCGAGGGUCUUCUUUUGGAAGAACUUUCCGGAAGGCCUCUGACGCCAUUCUUCAGAGCUAUGAUGGGAGACAGAGGAGUUUUCCUUACUAACGGCCACACUUGGAAGCAGCAGAGACGUUUUGCCUUCACCAUCCUCAAGAACCUGGCGACGAACAUCCAGCAAUGCAUACAAGGGGAAGCCGACUGUCUUGUGAAGGUGCUGGCGAACAAGCAAGGGUCAGCCUUUGAACCGAAACCUGACAUGAUGCGUGCCGUUGCCAACGUGAUCUGCGCCACCGUGCUCGGUCACCGCUUUACCGAAGAGGACCGCUCUUUCAACAAGAUGAUCAAAGCCAUCUACUUGAUCAUUUUUGUCCCAUUCACUCCGUUGGGCAGGCUGUAUGAUGCAUUCCCAACGAUUAUGCACCGUCUACCGGGACUCCACCAGCGGGUCUUGAAAUACAGUGACUUCUUGCAUGAGACUGUGAGGGAGGAAGUCCAAAGCCACAAGGCAAAAUGGAAAGAAGGGAAGAAAUCGCAGGAUCUGAUUGACUUCUACCUGGAUCACAUGGAAAAGACCAAAGGAGACCCAACCUCCACUUUCAGUGAAGAGAACAUGGUUCAAAUCAUGGUUGACCUUUUAAUUGGAGGGACGGAGAACGCAGCCUCCCUUCUUUGUGGGGCGCUGCUCUUGAUGAUAAAACACCCAGAGGUUCAAGAAAAAGUGCUAGAGGAAGUCAAUGGCGUUCUGGAACCUUCCCAAAUGGUCCGUUACGAGGAUCGGAAAAAACUGCCAUACACCACUGCCGUGAUCCAUGAAAUCCUUCGUUUCAUCGACGUUGUGGGCACUGGACCUUUCCGGCUAUGUCUGAAGGACACCACAAUGCUCGGGUGCCCCAUUGCAAAGGGGACUCUCAUCCUGCCUAACUUGGCCUCUGUGCUGGCCGACCCCGAGCACUGGAAAUCGCCUUUCGAAUUCAAUCCAGGGCACUUCCUCGACGCCAAGGGCGACUUUGUGCCCCAUAAAGCCUUUCUAGCUUUUGGAAUAGGGCGCCGUGUGUGCUUGGGAGAACACAUGGCCUGGGUGGAGCUCUUCAUCUUCUUCACCACCCUGAUCCGGGCUUUUGUCGUCCAGCUGCCGGAGGGAGAGCAGGACCUCGACCUCCGCAGCACACUGCAGUCUCCCCGCCAGCACCACUACAAGCUCCGUUUCCUUCCCCGUCAAAGCAACUCGGCCGAAAGGCUAGAGUGCCGGACUGGGAUCCGGGAGACCCUGAGUUCGAAUCUCUCCCGCUCUUGCCCGUGAAGGUUGCUGAGUGACCGUGGGCCAUUCGUUCUCUCUCAGCCUAACCUACCCUGAGGGGGUUUUCCGUGAGGAUACAGCGGAAGAGGGGAGGACCGUGCUGAAAGCCGCUUUGGGUCCCUCUUGAGGAAGAGACUGAGCUGUGCGUAAAUAAAAUCCGUGCGGAUGCAAUUCAUUCCCGAGAGCAGUAGGUUAAAGACAGGCAAGGAUAGGAAUGCAGAAAAUGUUCAGGCUCUUCCUCCUUGUUGGGGGUGUAAUCUCAAGCCCCAGUAAUGGGGACAGAACUAGAUGCAACUGCUCUCCUUAGAACUACAGUAAGAACUACUCUUAUUGUAGAAUUCCCCCCCCCCCACCAGUAUCUAGAUGGUACCUUUCCGCCCAUAAUGUAAUGCCCUCAACCAGGGACAGGGCCUUCUCAAUCACAGCCCCUCGCUGGUGGAACCAGUUACCGGAAGAGGUCAGGGCCCUGCGGGAUAUUGGACAGUUCCGCAGGGCCUGUAAGACAGUCCUCUUCCGGUUGGCUUAUAACUGACCGGCACCAAAAUACUGAAGGAAGUCUAUAGAUAGCACACUGUUGGAUUGAUGUAUUGAUAUUAAUGUUUUAGAUAUGUAAAUGGCUAUUGUAUUUUUUGUAUUUUAAUGCUAUUGUAUUUUAAUUUUGAAUUUUAUUGUUAGAACUUUUAUGCUGUGAGCCGCCCUGAGCCCGCUUCAGUGGGGUAGGGCGGGAUAUAAAUAAAAAAUAAAUAAAUAAAAAAAUAAAAUAAAAAUAAAAUAAAAUAAAAUAAAAUAAAAUAAAAUAAAAUAAAAAAUACUGGAGAGCC